CCGGCAGUACUUUCGCAAUGUAUUUGCUGUAGGUGUUCUUCAACUGUCUUUGGGUGUAGCAAGAAUGACCAGUGGGCUGCGGCAAUGGACGGUAAAUCUGUGAAAGCGAUACUGUUUGACCUGGACAACACGCUCAUUGAAACCAGUCGGGCAGGUAGAGUGGCCAUACAAAAGACCAGUGAACUUUUGAAGAGCACACUGGCCCUCGACGACAAAACCAUCAGCAGCAUUUGUGACGAGUUCCAGCUGAAGCUUUUCCACGAGCGCUUUGACCCGUCAGCCGGCAGAUCCAUCGAUGAGGUCCGGGUGGGUCACUGGGAGGAGAGCAUACAGGCCCACGUCCAAGAAGCUGGGGGCAGUUGUUCCACACACUCAUUGGCCGCUAAGUGUUACUACCUGUGGAAAAAGAGUCGCCUGGAGGUUCUCAGUCUGUCCCCUGAGAUCUGCAGUCUCCUGAAACAACUGCGCAGCAGAUACAAGCUGCUGCUGCUGACCAAUGGGGAAGCUCGAACUCAGAGGGAGAAAGUGGAGGCAGUCGCGUGCGAGGAGUUCUUCGAUGCCAUCGUGAUCGGGGGCGAACACCCCGAGCAAAAACCCUACGCCUCCAUCUUCACUUUGUGUUUCAACAUGCUGGAGGUGGAGGCCCAGGACUGUAUUAUGGUGGGAGACUCUCUGGACACGGAUAUUCAGGGGGGCUUUAACGCUAGAGUACGGGCUACCGUUUGGAUCAGCAGUGAAGGAGGCCCUGUGCCCGAUGGUUCAGUGAAACCAGUCUACACUAUCCCUACUGUGUUGGACCUGCCAGAUAUUCUACAACUACUGGAACAAUAAGGUCAACUGGUGAUUGAAACCGUGUGUAAUACAAGUGAAUAAAUUGCCUCCAUAGUUUUAAAACAUUCCUCGUCAUUCAAUACCUAAGAAGUAAAUCUCAUUAGCGUCAGUGAGCAAAUAAGCAUGCUUCUACCAAGAUCUAAUGCUGGAAAAACUCUACAUGAAGUGGGCUCACGUAGUAAGUGCCGUAAUAUCAUUUCUUUUUGUUAAAAUGGAUUUCAAAAAAAGUAUGUAUCAAAGUUACGUUAUUGGUAUCAAACCUUUUUGAAUGAUACCCAGCCUUAAUGAUUCAUUUUUACAAAAUUCAGCAAGGGUGCUUUUUGACAUGUUUUAUGUGUUCUGCUAGUGAUCUUACACGCUAACAUAAUGUCAUUGUAGUACUACAUGGAGUCCGUAGUGCAGCGAAAGUGUGGGCACUCAGGUAAGAAUUUACUCACACACUACUGCACUUAAGUAUCUCAAAACUGUACUUACUGUAUUUUUAUUUUCUGCUUCUUUAGUUGUAUCCUACAUUUCAGAGCGAAGCACUCUACCAUUUACUCCACUACAUCUCUGAAAGCUACUAUACAGAUUAUGGAUGUACAGUACAUUGAAAGAAACACGAUACUGAUCAAAUAGAUUGUUAAAGAUUCAAAAAGUUUGUAGUUCAAACUAGCUCAACGAUGACCCAGCAUUUUUUUACUUGGAUAUCAUUUUAAAGCAGGACUUCCUUGCAGAAUCCACAUGGAGUGUGAGUUGGUACUUUUACUUAAGUAAAGGAUCUGAAUUCUUGGUAGAAUGGUACAGCAUCAUUUUUAUUCAACACUGACUGUACAAAAGGACCUUUGGGUUAUUUUUUUACACACCUUUAACAUACAGUAUGUCAACACAUUCAUUCCAUCAUAUGCUGCAUUUGUCAUUGCCUCACAAUCUUGACCAAUAAAACACUUUUGAAAAAGGAGAUUAA